AUGACUUGUCCUAUGGCCUUGCAGCAGUCGAUGCUUAACACAUCAACACCAGCCGUGCUUGAUUCGGGGAACUCCAGUCGCCAGUUCGCAUCAUCGUUUGCAGCGCCACAGACACAAGCAGCAAAUCCAGGAGCGUUCCAUCACGGAGGUAACUUGCAAUCGCUGCACAAUGUGCAAGCGACGGGGUACAGCAUACAGAGUAUGCAGAACGCACUUACGAGAGGCACGGGAAUGGGCGGAGUGCCGUCCGCGCAGGCGCAACCUCCGUCCACAGGCAACAUGGCGGCAGGCCGGUUCGGCACCAGCGCACUCCCUACCAACCUGCAGCAGCAGCAGCAGCAGAUCCCAGGGCUGCACGCGCACACAGGUGCGGUGACCAACCGCGGGAGCGGAGUGAGCUUAGUAGGCGGCCACCCCUUCGCCGGCAGCAUGAGCGGACUAUCCGGCGGAGCAGGCGCGCCCGGAGUAGCAACAGCGGGCGGGGGAAUGAGCGGGAUGAGUGGAAUGAGCGGGAUGACCGGAAUGAGCGGGAUGAGCGGAAUGAGUAACGUGCCUGGACAGCGAACAAUUGGCUCCGCGGGUCUAGGGGUGAACCCAUCUCAGAUUGCGGGGUCCGCAGGGAGACUAGGCGCGCCCGGGGCUCUGAGCAUGGCAGGGGCGGGCGGAGGGAUGGGGCUUUCCGCGGGGGCAGGCGCAGGGGCGAGCGCAGGGUUGACUCGGGCGAUGAACCCCGCGGGCGCGCUGGGCAUGUCGACGGUAGGGGGAGCGCGCGCGCUGGGAUCAGUAGGGUUGGGGGGAAGUGUAGGUGCGGUGGGCGUGCAGGGGCCUGGGCGGCCGUUGGGAACAGGAAUGAUCUCUGGGCAGGGGCAGGGACAGCAGCAGCAGCAGCAGGCGCAGCAGCAGCAGAUGUUGGCGUUAGGGUUGCAAUCGCAGGGGCAACACCAUCAUCAUCAGCAGCAGGUGGGGGUUGGACAGCAACAGCAGCAGCAGCAAGGGCAGGGGGGCCAGCAGGGGUUGCAAGCUGGGACGUACCAGCCUUCAGGAGACGUAAUGGCUAUGAUCAACCGCGGAGAGGGCAAACGGGACGGGUCGAAAGGGGAGGGCGAGCAGGGGGACGAGUCGAGGCAGGGAGGGCAGGAUCAGGAGCAAUUGGGCGGGAGAGGCGAGCAGCGAGAGGGCGAUGGGGCAGCGUUUGACAUGAGCGAGUUCCCCACGCUCAACACGAGGCCGCCUGGGAGUGCAGCCAUGGCGUCAGGUGCAGGGUCGGCAGCAGCGGCGGUGCUAAGGAAAGGGGCUCCAUUGAACGCGCUGCUACACCAGGGAGGGCCGGAAUUCAGCAUACAGAACGAGGAUUUCCCUGCCCUGCCCGGCCUCAAAGCGGGCGCGGACAACGGAGGGGACAAGGACAGUUCCGCACAGCAACAGCAGCAGCAGCAGGGCGCAGGAGGGUCGAUCAGAAGCCACUUGGACAUGCUUCAGCAGCAGCAGCAGCAGCUGCAGCACCUCAGCUUGCAUGACAACCCCCACCUCCACCAGUACCACCAGCACCACCACCAGCAGGGGCAGCAGCAGCAGGGGGGGCAUUUGAAGCACCUAGAUCAGCGCAUGCUCUCGUCCCCUCCGCCCCUGAAUGCACCGGGGGUUCCCAGUAGCUCCAUGCUUAUCCUGCAACGAUCUGCCAGCCCUAGCCCUUCUCUCCAGCAGCAGCAGCAACAGCAGAAACAGCAAGAGCAGCAGCAGCAACAGCAACAGCAACAGCAACAAGAGCAGCAGCAGCAGCAGCAGCAGCAGCAACAGCAGCAGGAGCAGCAGGACGAGCAGGCACGGGGGGCAGAGGGAUCUAGUUUGCGGCACGCGGACGGCUCUGGAAACGUUCUGUUAGGGCAGGGAGGGGGUAAGGCUGGAGAGCAGCUAGGCUCGGCACCUGGUUCUCGAUCCAAUACACCUGGUCUCACGGGCCCCCAGCAGCAGGCUCAACCAGGAAGCGGGCAGGUGGGAGCAGGAAAGGAGCAGGGUGUAGACGGGCCGGAUAAGUACGGGCUGCUGGGGCUGCUUAGUGUGAUUCGGAUGAACGAUCCAGAUUUGACCACGCUGGCGCUGGGGACCGAUCUGACGACUCUCGGGCUGAAUCUGAACUCGCGGGAGAAUCUGUACCGCACGUUUGCAUCGCCGUGGGCGGAUGGGCCAAGGAGAGCUGAGCCGGAGUUCAGCCUCCCGGCUUGCUACAUUCAACCCACGCCUCGUCUUCAGCCGGGCUAUUUCUCGAAGUUCCAGCAGGACACGCUCUUCUAUAUAUUCUACAGCAUGCCGCAUGACGAGGCGCAGCUGUUCUCUGCUGAUGAACUGUGCAACCGCGGGUGGUUCUACCACAAGGAGCACCAGGUGUGGUUCACACGCGUGCCCAACAGUGAGCCCGUGGUGAAGACCCCCACGUACGAGCGCGGCUCCUACUACUUCUUUGACCCCACCGUCUGGGAGACCGGGCGCAAGGACAACUUCGUGCUACAGUAUGAGAUGCUAGAGGCCCGUCCCCAGCUGCCCAUUCCUCCCCAGCGAUAG